GAAUCAAAAUCGACAUCAUAGAACAAGGAGAUUUAACCAAGGCAAACAAUUCUGAGGAUUCUUCUAAAGUAAUGAAAUGGGGAUUACUCAUACUAAGCUGCAUACUGAAUUUUUCAGGAAUGACAGGAGGACCGAUACUUCUUCGGCUUUACUUCUUACAUGGUGGUAAUGGAAAAUGGUUAUCUAGCUGGUUGCAGAUGGCCGGAUUCCCUAUACUAAUCAUUCCACUCGUGAUACUCUACUGUCAACGCCAUCCAAGUCUACCAAAUAUCAGCUUCUUUGCUUCUCGGAAGCUUUUGUUCUACGCUGCUUUCAUAGGCGUAGCUCAAGGAGUAGACAAUUUUCUGUAUUGUUACGGUUUGUCGUUCCUUCCUGUUUCCACUUCAUCUCUCCUUGUUGCAACCCAACUCAUUUUCACUUCCUUGUUGUCAUUCAUCUGGGUGAAGCAGAAGUUUACAGCUUAUACGGUUAACGCGGUUAUAGUUAUGACAAUGGGAUCUAUUCUACUUGGGAUUAGAAGGGCCGGGGAUCGCCCCCCUGGUGUUACGGCUUCUCAGUACUUGCAGGGUUUCUUUAUAACUAUAGCUGCUGCUGCACUUCUAGGUUUCAUUCUCGUAGGCACCCAGGUUGCUUAUGCUAAAGCAAAUCAAGCCAUGACUUAUCCCAUCGUGUUGCAGUUUCAGCUUUGCUUGGCCUUCUUUGCUACUGUAACCUGCACGAUCGGAAGCCUGAUAAACAAGGAGUUCUCCGCAAUUCAAAGCGAAGCAAGUGAAUUUGAUUUCGGAGAGAAAGCGUACUACCUCGUGUUGGUUUCGAAUAUGAUAGUUUGGCAGCUGAUGUUCAUCGGAAGAGUGGGGAUUAUUUUUUGUGCGUCUUCUCUCUUUGCUUCUGUCACUUCCGCAACUUUCCUUCCUAUCACGCAGACGGCUGCGGUGAUAACGUUUCAUGAAAAUUUCCCAGCCGAGAAGGGUAUGGCGUUGGCUCUAACACUCUGGGGAUUCACUUCUUACAUCUAUGGUUCAUACAUGAAAGAACGAGGGAUAAAGUCAUUAACCCAACUCACUUCCAAAUAAGUAUCUACAGUUUUCCAUCGUAAACACAUUUUUGUUUUCCUCCAUUAAUAAACAUUUAGUCCACUUGUUGAAUCUGGUCAUUUUGUCGAAACUGUACUCAACGUGAAAAACAAACUUCCCUCCAUUGUCCCCAAUCGGGAUCGGGUAGAAGAUCCGUCUGAACUUAUAGUAAGCAAUCUGGGUAUACAACUUCGUUUAAAAUGACCCUUGACACAUGAGAAAGGUCUGUCUUUUUGAGCCUUUGAAUAUUAAUUUAUAUAUCAUCAUGUGAGAUGAU